CCGCGGCAAAUCACAGCAGCUAGCGAGCAUCGCUGUCUCUCUCCCCCGCCUCUUCCUCCCUCCGCUGGAUUGCGAGCAGCCAGGGAGCAACAGCGCCUGGCAAACGCAAGGGAUCUCAGCUGGCAGCACAGAGCAUCGCUCCUGUUGUAGGAUAUCGAUAGGUACAUCUUUGUAUUAUAUUAGACACACGCGUGCACACCGGCUCACGCCCACACGUACGUGUGUGCUCAUCUACACAGACUGGCUUUAAUACAAGUAUGUCGCUACCUGAACUAAGGAUUCAAAAUUACUGAGAUGCAAGAACUCCUCCAGCUCUGAAACUACUCUUAAUAUAGGGUCAUCCUGUCAUUCCUGCAAACACUAAUCAAUCAUGGGAUUUGAAGUUAAUACUACUAAAUAAAUGAAUUGUUUAAUCUCCUAUGACCAUCUAUACAUACUUCAUCUUCACAAAGCUCAUCAAUUUUAUGUCAUCAAGGACAAAGUGACCUUCAUUUCCACAAAAUGCUUCUUACUACUGGACAAGUUGGUUACAAAUUUAUCCCUUAUCUUCAGGAAGGAAGUCCUUCAUUAUUGUCAUUUAAUAAAUGCAAGAUUGUGCUUUAUUAAUUGACCAGGUCAUACUGAAUUCCAAGACGAUAAUUGUGGAAUACUAAAGGGUGUGUUACUUUCCUUUGAACAUUUGAGCUAAGAUGAAGGACCUGCAACUCAUAAUUAAUCUACUGCUUGGUCUAGUUUCCACUGCUCUACUACAAGCUGUAGGAAGAAAAGCAGAGUGCCCGGAGUCAUGUAUAUGUGAAAUCAGACCGUGGUUCACCCCCAGGUCUGUCUACAUGGAAGCUCCAACAGUGGACUGUAAUGAUUUAGGCCUUUUGCAUUUUCCAGCUACACUGCCUGCUGACACACAAGUUCUACUUCUACAAACUAAUAAUAUUGCAAAAAUUGAACACUCAGUAGACCUCCCAGUGAAUUUAACUGGUCUAGAUUUAUCUCAGAACAAUUUAUCCUCAGUGACCAGUAUUAAUCUUAGAAAGGUACCACAGUUGCUUUCGGUGUACCUUGAAGAAAACAAACUUACUGAACUCCCUGAAGAAUGUCUCUCUGGACUCAACAAUUUACAAGAGCUUUAUAUUAAUCAUAAUCUUCUUUCUGUGAUUGCACCCGGAGCUUUCAUAGGCCUCAAUAAUCUUCUCAGACUUCAUCUCAAUUCAAAUGGUCUACAAGUGAUUAACAGAAAGUGGUUUGAAGCUACUCCUAAUCUUGAAAUUCUCAUGAUUGGAGAAAACCCAAUAAUCAGAAUUGAAGACAUGAACUUCAAGCCUCUUAGCAAUCUGCGCAGCCUAGUUUUAGCAGGUAUAAAUCUCACUGAAAUACCAGAUAAUGCUUUGGCUGGCCUUGACAACUUAGAAAGCAUUUCCUUUUAUGACAACAGAUUUGUUAGAGUGCCCCACAUCGCUCUUCAAAAGGCUACAAAUCUUAAAUUUCUGGAUCUAAAUAAGAAUCCCAUUAACAGAAUACGACGAGGGGAUUUUAGCAAUAUGCUGCACCUAAAAGAGUUAGGAAUUAAUAACAUGCCUGAACUGAUUUCUAUAGAUAGUCUUGCUGUUGAUAAUUUGCCAGAUUUAAGAAAAAUAGAAGCGACCAAUAACCCCAGGUUAUCGUACAUUCACCCCAAUGCAUUCUACAGACUCCCCAAGCUGGAAUCGCUCAUGCUCAACAGCAACGCGCUGAGUGCCCUGUACCGCAGCACAGUGGAAUCCCUGCCUAACCUCAAAGAAGUCAGCAUCCACAGCAAUCCCAUCAGGUGUGACUGCGUCAUCCGCUGGAUUAACAUGAACAAAACAAACAUUCGUUUCAUGGAGCCGGAGUCCCUGUUUUGUGUAGACCCACCUGAAUUCCAAGGUCAGAAUGUGAGACAGAUACACUUUCGGGAAAUGAUGGAAAUCUGUCUUCCCCUGAUAGCUCCUGAAAGCUUUCCAUCUACACUGGAUUUAAAAGCUGGCAGCCAUAUUUCUCUGCACUGCAGAGCAACAGCAGAACCAGAACCUGAAAUCUACUGGAUAACACCAUCAGGACACAAACUUUUGCCUAAUACUAUCUCUGAUAAGUACUACAUUCAUUCUGAAGGAACAUUAGACAUAAGUGAUGUAACACAAAGAGAAAGCGGCUUAUACACAUGUAUAGCAACAAAUUUAGUUGGGGCAGAUCUAAAGUCAGUCAUGAUUAAAGUGGACGGCUCUUUCCCUCAGGAACACAAUGGAUCUUUAAAUAUUAAAAUAAAAGACAUAAAAUCUAAUUCUGUUUUGGUUUCAUGGAAAGCAAGUUCUAAAAUUCUGAAGUCCAGUGUUAGAUGGACAGCCUUUCCAAAAGCUGAAGAGUCCCGGGCUGCACAGAGUGCUCGAAUACCAUCUGACAUAAAGGUAUAUAAUCUUACACAUCUAAAUCCAUCAACUGAAUACAAAAUUUGUAUAGACAUUCCCACUAUCUAUUCUCAGAAUAGAAAACAAUGUGUCAAUGUAACCACAAAAGGACUGGACUUGGAAGUGAAAGGCUAUGAAAUGAACAACAUAAUAGGAUUCCUUGCCUGCCUUGGCGCUCUUUUGGGAAUCAUCUCUGUGAUAUAUCUCUACAGCUGCAUCUCUCAAGAUAUGAGCUAUGGCACUGGACACAGCUAUCUAAGGAAUUACCUGAAGAAACAAUCCUUUUCAUUCAAUGAGCUUUAUCCUCCUCUAAUCACUCUUUGGGACAUGGGCAAAGGAAAAAGCACAGCAAUGGAAGUGAAAGCAACUGUAAUCGGUGUACCAACAAAUAUUUCAUAAAUAUGUCAGUAUAUCACUUAAUUUCUGAAAUAAAAAGCACAUGACAGUAUUUGUGCUGAAUAAAAAGGAAGCAAGAAAAAGUAUUUCUCUUAGGAAUUAGAUUCCUGGACUUUGUUGCUGCCAACAAAUGGAAUAUAUAUGACUCAGUAUAAGAGAAGAAUUUUAAUUAACUGGCUUCUAAGGGUAUUCUACCAACCAAAUAAAAUUAACUUCAUAUUCUGGAACUUU